AAACUAAGCCUAUGCUAGUUGGCUGAUUUUGGGUGAUGUGCAGCUUGACCACGCUUUAGACCUUGUGAGGCUGGAAGACCAGCGGACCCACCUACUGACCACCUUGCUGGCAGGCUGGGAGGACCAGCUUAAACCAGAUAAGAUCAGCAUUAGUCUGGUUUAAGUGUAUUCUAUUCAGCAAGGAUUUUGAAAUGAACCUCCAUUAAUAAAUAUAUACUUUAUAUAUCUUUGCAUUGUUAAAUUGUAUAUCUUGACUUCAUGCGCCUGCUUCAUUAGUAACAUCAGUAGCGUGCAAGCUGCAAUACAUGCGGUCACCUGUGUUCCUCUUAUCGACUUAAAACACACCAGUUGUUCCAUGUGCAUGAUACACCUAUUAACUUUUUAUGCCAUUCUCUCCAAACAGUGUCUUGACAAGCCACCUGCGUGCAUUUGAUAGUCCUCAUUAAAAUUUAGUUGGGGAGGCAAAGAGUAGGCCACCUAUCCAAUUGCUCCACAAAGGCCACAGUAUGAAGUGCUUUCUGAGCUUUAACAUCACUCAUGUCAAACCCUCUCCAAAAGGAGACUAUGCACAGAGGAACUUAAACACUAUACACCACAGGAACAACAUGGUUUGGAGGAUGACUGUUUUCAUUCAUGUCUUGUUCAUUGCUGGAAAAGUCACCUCCAAGAAAGGUGUUAAAUGUGGCGGAAUCAUCUCUGCAAGCAGUGGCAAUGUGUCAAGCCCAAAUUUUCCAAGUCUGUACCCUUAUAACACAGAAUGCACCUGGCUGAUAGUGGUGUCAGAGGGAUCAUCAGUACUUUUAACCUUCCAUUUCUUUGAGUUGGAAUACCAUACAGACUGUGCUUAUGACUAUAUAAAAAUAUAUAAUGGCAUCUCGGAGGAUGAAGGAAAUCUGUUGGGAAAAUUCUGUGGCGACAUGGCUCCUCCUCAGUUCAGCUCUUCGUGGAACGUCAUGUCCAUCAUCUUCCGUUCAGAUCGACAUGUUGCACACAAGGGCUUCUCUGUGGGCUACAGGAAAGAUAUGUGUGGUGGGGUUUUGACCGGUCUCUCAGGAAUCAUCUCAAGUCCGGGUUAUCCACUAGAAUAUAACAACAAUGCUGACUGUUCCUGGAUGGUUCACGUGUCCAAUCAGAGUGUAGUCAGCCUGGUGUUCCUCGACUUCCAGUUGGAAAACAACGAGGGGUGUAACUUUGACUAUGUGGCUCUCUUUGAUGGUCCCACGGUUAAACAUCGUCACCUGGGAAACUACUGUGGUAAUGAGAGACCUCCCAAUACCAUCACUACAUCAAACCAACUGCUGGUGGUCUUCAAAUCUGAUUUCAACAUUGGAGGGAGAGGUUUUAAAGCCUACUACUAUUCAGGAGAGUGCCAGCAGGUUCUUAAAACCAUCAGUGGGAACUUCACCAGCCCUCAAUACCCAAACAUCUACCCCAACAACAUCAACUGUCACUGGACUAUCAAUCUAGCAGCCGGCUACAGGAUCAAGCUAUUUUUCCCUAUUCUGGAGCUCGAGGAUAGGAACAGUCUGACCGACAUGUGUGAUUAUGACUCUGUGGCCGUGUAUGACGGGGAGAGCGAUAAAGAUUCUCUCUUGGGUCACUGGUGUGGCAGUGAACAACCUCCACCUUUGACCUCUAAGGGAAAUAAACUGUUGGUUGUUCUGAACACCGAUAGGAACUAUGCAUUUAAGGGCUUUGUGGCCUCCUAUAUUGGAGUGGUGCCGGUCAAUAUAAGUUGCACCAGAACCGAGUUCCAGAUUCAGAUCUCCAGGCAGGCUUUGCCUCAGAUGGACCGCGAAGGCAUUUAUCUAGGAAAUCCAUCCUGUUCUGCACAGCUGACAGAAACAACCUACAAAAUUCUCGCCCGCUUUGUAAACUGUGGAACUGCUGGAGAGAAACGACAAAACAUUACCAUGCUGGUGAACUCGCUCUACAUUGACUUUGACGGGAUGCAGCAGAAUAUUCAGGAAUAUGAGGUGCAGUGUGAUGCCCAGAGGAAGGUGGCCAUGAUCAACAUCAUCUCAGUGGAGGAACGUAACAGGCUCAACGAACUGGCCCGUCUGGCCAAGGAAGCAAACACCAAGAAUGAGGAUGAAGGAGGUGAACCCCAUGAGACCAGUGACAUCAUUUUCAUCAGCAUCUGUGUUCUUGCUGUCAUCCUCAUGUUAAUUGCUGUUGUGUGGUUAGUGCUCCUAUAG